AUCUGAAGCUGCCCCUCUCCGAUGAUCCAAAACAGAGUGAAGAGAGACAACAGAAAGUUUCAACCAUGACAAGAAAAGGAGUCUACGCUGCUCUAUCUUAUAUGGCCUCGUCGGUUCUCUUGGUCAUAUUCAAUAAAGCAGCGCUCUCUUCUUACAAUUUUCCAUUUGCAAAUGUCAUCACUCUUACUCAGAUGGUGUGUGGAUUUAUUAUUCUCUAUGUGAUGAAAUCCCUAAAGAUAAUUUCUUUCACAACUGGUGAACCGCAGAGCAAUUCUAACAACCUAGCAUUAUUUGUGUCCUUUAGGACAUUAGCCCGCACCUUUCCUCUUGCAUUAACAUAUUUGCUAUAUAUGGUAGUGACCAUGGAAGCUGUGCGCGGCAUAAAUAUUCCCAUGUACACCACCCUCAGGCGAACUGCUGUGGCCUUCACAAUGAUUGUGGAGUAUUUCCUAUCAGGACAAAGACAUUCAAGUUUUGUUAUUGGAAGUGUUGGGAUAGUCAUUAUUGGUGCUUUUGUUGCUGGAUCUCGGGACUUGGCAUUUGAUGCCUAUUCCUAUUCAGUUAUUUUCGUAGAAAACAUGUUUAAGGCAGUAUACCUUGCUUCUGUUUCUCGUGUUGGUAGAUCCACCGGCCUUAAUGUUUUUGGUCUUAUGUGGUGCAAUGUGGUGAUUUGUGCACCAAUCUUGUUGCUCUGGUCCGUGCUCUCGGGAGAUCUCCAAACAACACUGAACUUCCGUUACUUGUUCUACCCUGGAUUUCAGGUUGUGAUGCUUCUUUCCUGCGUGUUGACUUUCUUUAUGAACUACAUUGUAGUUUUAAAUACAACUAUCAACUCGGCACUUACACAGGCAAUCUGUGGUAAUUUAAAGGAUGUUUUCACUAGUGGGCUUGGUUGGUUUUUAUUCGGAGGACUUCCAUAUGAUUUGUUCAAUGUUCUUGGUCAAUCACUUGGCUUAAUUGGGUCGUGUUUGUAUGCCUAUUGCAAGCUCCAAGGAAUAUGAAGAUGACCUGUCAUAUUUUAAUAAUGGAGAUGGGGAAAUGAAAGCAAGGCAUCUACAUGGACCACGUUUGGUUGGAGUAUCUGUGACACUAUCCUACCUAAACGAGUUGUCUACAUAACCAAAAAAGCAUAGGCAUCCAAGUCCAUAUUGCCGGCGAAAGUUGUCCCCUGGCAGUGUGGUAUUGUCAAAAACCUGCUCAAAUUGGUCACUGUACAUCCUAACAAAAGACCAGCAUACCCUCACUUUAAGCGCGCGAAGGGAAAAUCUCCACCAAAUCGACUUUGCAGAGUUAUUAGACUUGUCACCUCCAA